AUGGAAGGAAGUGGCCGGUUGAACCAGUUCAGAACCAGCCUCAAGUUUCUCUGCACCGCGGAAAACAUCCCUCAAAAGAUCGAGGUCGACCUGAGCAGUCUGGACAUUGGAGAGAGAAUGUUUCCAUUUCUCGCUGAAGCUUCUAAGCAAGGACAAGAGACCACCCCUGUUUGUAAGGUCGUUUCGACAGAAUUGAAAACAUCUCAACAAAACCCUGCUUCAGCAUAGUGAAGAAUGAGCAGUGCCAGAAACCGCACUUCAGGGGGGUUUGCCAAUUGCCAUUCAACAUGGAGAAUUCGUCCUUGGAGCGUAACCUGAUCCAUAUAUAUAUAUAUAUCUCCAGUCAAGUUGAUCAACAUCAUGCUUUCCCAGAGCUGUUCUUGUAAGCAAUGUGGAGUGAUAGCAGUUGCUGCAGAAUAUGAUUGAUCGAUCCAAGAAUGCAUACAUGCAAAAGACCCGACAGAGUACUCUUCUGCCCUCUUCUUUCGUGAUAUAUCUGAGC